UGUGGCAUACGUACGUAGCCACUGGCGCAGCGGGCACUUCUCAUCUCCUAUACACCUUCUGCACUGCAGCACAGGCAAGUUCCGGCAACCAAUGGCGCCUUGGUUCUCCUUCCUCGAGCUCUCCCUCUCCUUGCUCUGCUUCGCGGUCUUCUACUACUACCACAUCAGGUCCAAGCGGAAGAACCCUGUGAUCCCUCUGGACUGGCCGUUGCUGGGCAUGCUCCCCGCCCUCCUCGCCAACCUCCACCACCUCCACGAGUGGAUCACCUCCAUCCUCGUCGCCAGCCCCCUCACCUUCCUCUUCACGGGCCCGCCGCGCUCCGGCAUGCAGUUCUUGGUCACCGCCGACCCGACCAACGUCCGCCACGUCUUCACCUCCAACUUCGCCAACUACCCCAAGGGCCCCGAGUUCGAGGAGAUCUUCGACAUCCUCGGCGGCGGCAUCUUCACCGCCGACGGCGAGUCGUGGCGCCGCCAGCGCGCCAAGGCGCAGCUCCUCAUGUCCGGCGCCCCGUUCCGGGCGUUCGUGUCCCGGUACAACCGCGACAAGGUCGGGAGCGCCCUGCUCCCGCUGCUCGCCCACUUCGCCGGCACCGGGGAGGCGUUCGACCUGCAGGACGUGUUCCUCCGGCUGACCUUCGACACGACGACGACGAUGGUGUUUGGCGUCGACCCGGGGUGCCUGUCCGUCGGCCUGCCGGAGGUGCCGUUCGCGCGCGCCAUGGACGACGCCAUGCACGUGCUCCUGCUCCGCCACGUCAUCCCGAUGACGUGGUGGAAGCUGGCGAGGCGGCUGGGGAUCGGGUGGGAGCGGACGAUGGCGACGGCGUGGCGCACCAUCGACCAGUUCGUCGCCGACACGAUCGCGAGGCGGCGGGCCGAGAAGGCGAGGGGCGGCAUCGAGGGCUCGGCGGACCUGCUCUCCUCCUACAUCAACGACGACGACGAGGAGGAGGGCACCACCACCGUGGACGCGUUCCUGCGCGACACGACCAUCAACCUGAUGCUGGCCGGGCGCGACACGACGGGCUCGGCGCUGUCCUGGUUCUUCUACCUCCUGAAGCAGAACCCGCGCGUGGUGGCCAGGAUCCUGCAGGAGCUCGAGUCCGUGAAGGGCACCUCCAGCGCCCCCGACGGCAUGGUGGCCUUCGACCCGGACGAGCUGGGGCGGCUGCCGUACCUGCACGCGGCGCUGUGCGAGUCGCUCCGGCUGUACCCGCCGGUGCCGCAGGAGCUGAAGGAGGCCGCCGCCGGCGACGUGCUGCCUAGCGGGCACGAGGUGCGGGCCGGCGACAAGGUCCUGGUGUGGGUGUACGCCAUGGGGCGGAUGGAGGACGUGUGGGGCGGCGACUGCCGGGAGUUCCGGCCGGAGCGGUGGGUGGCGGCGGCGGAGGAGGGGCGCGGCGGGGUGCGGUACGUGCCGUCGUACCGGUUCAUGUCCUUCAACUCGGGGCCCCGCACCUGCCUCGGCAAGGACAUGGCGUUCGUGCAGCUCAAGGCCGCGGCGGCCGCCGUGGUGUGGAACUUGGAGGUGGAGGCGGUGCCCGGGCACGUCGUGGAGCCCAAGCUGUCCAUCAUACUCCACAUGAGGAACGGGUUCAUGGCGACCGUGAGGAGAAGGCGGCAGGCUGUGGAUCCGGCGGCGGCGCAGGCGCUUGCCUGAUGAUGGGCUGAGAUCGAUCGGUGGUCGCGGUAGUCCCUACCCUAGUACGUGCUCAAUCAGGAGCGCGUGACCACCAGUCGGUACGUAUGUUAGCUGACAUGUACGUACGUACGUACGUACUCUCUCGUGUUGUAGUGUUGUGUGUACGUAUACCGUAGUGUACGUUAUCCGUCGAUGUCGUCUUUGCUUCCAGAACGAAUCGAAGCUGGUGCUACGUGUACGCACCGCACGUACGUUCUCGGUUCUCCCAUUACCUGAAUCAACUUUUUGAGAGUGCA